ACAAGAAGAUCCUGGAACUCAUGUCCAACAUCAUCCAGCUGCUGACUGGAGAGGUUGCCAUAAGGACUCAUCAUGUUUCCAUCUAUUUUUCCUUGGACGAGUGGGACUAUAUAAAAGGAAACAAGGACCUUUACGAGGAAGGGAUGAAAGAGGAGCCUCAGCAGCUCCGUCCACUGGACUCUGAAUAUGAAGAAAUUGGGGAUAAUCUUCAAGUAAUGUUACGCUGUGAAAUUCAACCCAACAAGAUUGGGGCUCAAGAAGGUGAUGCAAAUCUCACAAACUUGGACAUUUCCCCAACGGAGCAGCCCUCACCAACCAAUGGGAUUAAAAAGGAAGUGGCUUCAAGUGAAGAGGGAAACCAAUCAGAUUGCAGCAUUAAUCCACUUACAGAACAGAUACAGGGAACAGAUACACACACUCCUAUGAUGGAGCUCAUCUUGAAUAACAGCUUGUCAAAUAAUUAUAUAUUGAAUGAUAUAAAACAGCAACCAUAUUCACAGGAAGGGGGAAACCAAUCAGACUGCAGCAUUAAUCCAUUUAUAGAAAGUAUAGAGAAAGUAGAUAUGCCUACUCCUACCUUGGAACUCGGCCUAUAUAACAGCUUGCCAGGUAAUUACAUAUCUAAUGGUAUUAAAGAGGCUUUUUGGGAAGGAGGAAACCAAUCAGAUUGCAGCAUUUAUCCACUAUUAGAACAGAUACAGGGAACAGAUACACAAACUCCUAUCAUGGAAUACAGCCUGAAUAACAGCUUGGCAGAUAUUUUUUUAUUAAAUAGUAUUAAAGGGAAAAAAACUUCAUGGGAAGGAGGAAACCAAUCAGAUUGCAGCAUUAAUCCACUUACAGAACAGGAAACAGAUACACACACUCCUAUCAUGGGAUACAGCUUAACAAAUGACUUCUAUGAAACAAACUUAAUGAGAAUUAGUAAAAACUCACCGUCUCAAGGAUCACACCCUCUACAGGUGAGAUACGACUGCACAGGGUAUCACAGAACAUAUUGCACUAAGAGACUACUCACUAAACAUCAGAAUACUGGCAAAGAAGAGAAACCAUUUACUUGCUCUCAAUGUGGGAAACGUUUUACACAUCUCUGCGAUCUGAAGAGACAUCUGAAAAUCCACUUGGGGGUAAAACCUCACUCUUGUUCCGAAUGCGGGAAGCGUUUCACACACCGCUCCCACCUCGUCGUGCAUCAGAGAACUCACACGGGAGAGAGACCGUUUGUUUGUUCCGAAUGCGGCAAAAGUUUUGCAGAUCACUCCGCUCUCAAUGUGCAUCACAGAAUUCAUACGGGGACAAAACCCUAUGGCUGCUCCGAGUGUCAGAAGCGAUUUACUCACAGGUCACAGCUCUCGGCACAUCAGAGGGUUCACACGGGCGAGAGAACUCACUCUUGUUCCGAGUGCGGCAAAUGGUUCUCACGGACGGCCCACCUAAGGAGACACCAGAAAACUCACACUGGGGAGAAGCCAUACUUUUGUUCUGAAUGCGGCAAAAGCUUCAUGCACGGCUCUGAUCUGAAGCGGCAUCAGAAUAUCCACACGGGGGUGAAACCUUUCCUGUGUUCUGAGUGUGGGAAAUGCUUUACUUACCGUACACAACUUACCGUACAUCAGAAAACUCAUCAGUCAUUGUCCAUUCAAUCAAUACCCUUUUGUAACGUUGCCAUAAGGACUCAUCAUGUUUCCAUCUAUUUUUCCUUGGACGAGUGGGACUAUAUAAAAGGAAACAAGGACCUUUACGAGGAAGUGAUGAAAGAGGAGCCCCAGCAGGUUCGCCCACUAGACUGUGAAUAUGAAGAACAAAGUGAUAUUAAAGCUAUUCAGGAUGUAACAAUAUUCUGUAUUAACGAGCCAAGCAAGUCCGUGGCUGAAGGAGGAGAUUACUGUGAAGGAGUCAGUGUCACCAACGCUGACAUUUCUCCAGUGAAACAGCCCCCACCUGCCAGUGGAAUUGAAGAUGAACUUGAAGGGGGAAAUCAUUCUGGUCUCAGCUUGUCAGAUGAUUAUAUAUCGGUUGUUGUUAAAGAGGAGGAAGUGACUUCAUGUGAAGAGGGAAACCAAUCAGAUUGCAGCAUUAGUCCACUUACAGGAAAGAUACAGGGAACAGAUACACCUACUCCUAUCAUGGGAUGGGAUAUACAUAAAGACUUUUUGGAAGCAGAGUGUAGAGAAAAUUGUGAGAACAUUGAGAAAUGUGAGUUUUUAUCCAAACGGCGACGACACGAGUUGCCCCUUUUGUACAACAUUAACAGCUUUGCUGAGAACCAUAGAAUCAACACAGGACAGAAACCGCACUCUUGUUCUGAAUGUGGGAAAUGUUUCACACGUCGCUCAAACCUUAAAACCCACCAGAAAACUCACACGGGGGAGAAACCAUUUUCCUACUCUGAAUGCGGGGAAAGCUUUAUACACCGUUCCGACUUCGCUGAACACCAGAGAACCCACACUGGAGAAAAACUGCACUCCUGUUCUGAAUGCGGCAGAUGUUUUGUCCGUCCGUCGGAACUUAACGUGCAUCAGAGGAUCCACACCGGGGAGAAGCCGUACUCGUGUUCGGAAUGCAGGAAACGUUUUACACAUCGCUCAGAUCUGACUCAGCACCAGAGAAUUCACACCGGGGAGAAGCCGUACUUUUGCUCAGACUGCGGCAAAUGUUUUACGCAGCACUCGCACCUUAAUGUGCACAAGAAAAUCCAUUCUGGGGAAAAAAGCUUCUCUUGUUGUGAAUGUGGAAGGUGUUUCACUCAUCUCUCGAGGCUUAAGAUUCACCAGAAAAUUCACUCAGGGGAAAAGCCAUAUUCAUGUCCUGAAUGCGGCAAAUGUUUCACGCAGCGCUUCAACUUCAGGGAACAUCAGAAGAUCCACCGAGGAGAGAAGCCGUUCUCUUGUGCUGAGUGUGGGAAAUGCUUUACACAGCGCUCAAACCUCAACGUGCACCGGAGAACUCACACAGGGGAGAAACCCUUCUUGUGCUUUCAGUGUGGGAAAUGUUAUACGAGUCUGAAGAACCUCAGUCAUCACCAGAGAAUUCACUCACACUAAUGCAAUAAAAGAUCUACUCCAUAGGUCAUCCUUACAAUAUAGCAUCAUGUAAAUAAUGAAUGACUGUAGUAUUUGUUUAUUAGUCAGCUGCCUCAGUCUAGCCAGUGUAAAACUUGAUUGGUAUUAAUCUGCCUAAAAUGGGACAUUUAUAACUGUGGCAGGGAAAGAACAAUGACUGUCGGGUUGUUGACUUCAACUCAGAUACUGCUACGGUGGUUUGAUGUCAUUUGGGAUCUGGCCAAGUGGAAACAGUCACUAAUUAUAAUUUUUGCAUGGACACAACUGCAACUGUAUUGGUCUGUACAGAGAGAUCCCAUAAAACUAUGGCAGCAUAGGUAUUCCCUGUACUAAGCACAAUUCAGCAGGA